AUGGCAAGAAUCAACUCUAAAAGGUCAGAGAUGCCUCUCACAUACAUCUUAGAAGUAGAGCUUUUUGAUUGGGUUGAAGCAAUUGCAUGCCCUACUAGCGAUGCCAGGGUGGUGACGAAGUUCUUGCAUAAAAAUAUCUUUACAUGGUUCUGUACAUCAAGAGUAGUCAUCAGCAACGAGGGCUCCCACUUCAUCAACAAAGUUGUAGCAUUACUACUAGCGAAAUACAACAUCAAGCAUAAAGUCUCCACAACAUAUCACCAUCAAUCGAACAGUCAAGCCAAGAUAUCAAAUAGGGAGAUUAAGAGUAUCUUGGAAAAGUUGGAGCUACAGCAUAAGGCGUUUUGGACCUUAAAGAAGCUGAAUCUAGAUUAUGCUGCAGCAGGAGAUCUGCGUCACUUACAAUUGUUAAAACUUGAGGAGUUCAGACGAGAUGCGUAUGAGAACACCAAAAUCUACAAGGAAAUGACCAAGCGUUGGCAUGAUGCUAGAAUCCAACCCAAGCAUUUCGAAAAGGGACAACAAGUCCUCUUGUACAAUUCAAGAUUGAAAUUCUUCCCAGUGAAGCUCAAAUCUAGAUGGUUUGGACAAUUUUUUGUCGCACAUGUGUUUCCCCAUGGAGCUAUCAGAGUACAAGAGGUUGAUUCAGGAAGAGAGUUUAUAGUUAAUAGUCAAAGGAUGAGGCAUUAUUAUGGUGAGGAAGUGGUGAGAGAUGUUCGAGCUCCCCACUUUGCAGCAGACUGA